AUGGCUCCCAAAGAAGGCGGCGUCAACCAUGUCAAGGCUGAAAAAGCCACCGAAAGUAUCCAGGUGGCGGAGCCGACCGAGGACGAACCCCACGAUUAUACAGUCACCCGUCGCGCGACCGUUGUCGAAAUCCAAAACCGCAUUUUCCGCAACACCAAAUACUGGUACGCCGUCGCCGUCUUCCGCACAGAGGAGCGCCUCCACGAAGACGGCGAGCGCGUAAUGUCCCGCGACCCCCACCCCCAGGUGGCCGCGCGAAAAGAGGACGCCAAAUCCCUAGCCGCCACGCUGAAGGCGGCCGCCAAACAGCGCCCCGACGGAGUCGCCGGCCCCAUCAUCACCGGCUACACGUACCUGAUGCACGGCAUCUUCACGCUGUGGGUCAAGUACCCGCACAAGCGGUUCAUCCAGGGGAAGAGCGAGCACCACAUGGUGCAGAAGUACCCCGGCGAAUUCGAACGCUUCUGGAAGGAGCAGCACGAGGGCGGUCGCCGGGCUAUCCUGGAGCUGCGGGCCGGGGAGGUGGGCGGGACGUCGUGGUCGGAGCUGGAGCCUCUCGGGGUUAGGGUCGAGGAGACACUGCACACACGUGGUGGUGUCAACGUCCUCUGCUUUGGCGGCGAGUCGUUCAGGACUAACCGCUACGCGCAGAAGUUUGAGUAUGUUGUCGCGGAUGACAGUGAGGCUAUGCUAGAUGAUGCCGACAGCGAUUUGUCUGGGGCGGAGUUUUCUGAGGUUGAGAUUGAGGAUGAGGAUGAUAGAGCAGAGAUCAGCAGGAUUUGUCUUGACGUGUGUCUAAGCCGAAGAUGGCAGCAUUAUGGAGCACAUGUGUCCAACGAGCAGACACCGCUGCACGUCGAAGUCAGGUGCAUCAACGAGGAGCUCUUCGAUGGUUGUCUGAACGACAUGGAUAACUGA